AAAGCUACGGAGCUCACGAGGUAGCAUUAGCUCCUCUUAGAAGACGGUUUGAAAACAGGUUUGGUGUUUUCGGUAAAUAUUUCCGUGUUUUCAGUGAAAAUGUCUUCAGUUCCGCCUCAGAGAGAGUUUAUCAACGAGCAGGUAACUCCUGCUGGAGAAACGUUCACAGAGUUUAAAGAAAUCAACGUUAAGAUGGAGGAAGAGAUGGAGGAUCAGCGCAGACUGAUGGAUUUUACCCGGAUACCGAGGAUCAUCUUACACCGGAUAGAGUGGAAAGAAAUCAACGUUAAGAUGGAGGAAGAGAUGGAGGAUCAGCGCAGACUGAUGGAUUUUACCCGGAUACCGAGGAUCAUCUUACACCGAAUAGAUCUCUCACAGUGCUGGUUGUGUAAAGAGGAGGAGGUUCUCAAUGAAUUCAGCAACCAGGAGAGGAAGUCCACGUCAGAUAAAGAAGAACCAGAACAUCAAGAGUCCAAAGAGGAAGAAAAGCAACUCUGCAUCAGUCAGGAUGAAGAGCAUCUUGUGCUGAAACAGGAGACUGAUGACAUUUUGGUGAAUCCUCUUAAUGUGCAAAGAAUCCACAAUGAAACAGAACCACAGAGGAACCAACUCAUCUCUCAUGGCUCUGCUGAGGAUGAGAACCAGGAUCAGGAAGGCAGCCAUUCUGAAGACCCAGGAAAAGAGAGAAAGGAAGAACAGAAACAAAAGGAGAGAUAUGAGAAAAUCAAAGAGCAGAAAAGCAGAACUGACACUGAAAAGCAAAAAAAGCAGAAGAAAGCUCACGCAGAGCAAAAAUUAUAUUCUUGUAAAAUUUGUGAUAAAACAUUUUCUGGAAACCAUAACUUGAUGGUACACGUGAAAACUCACACAGGAGAAAAACCUUUCACUUGUUCAAUCUGUGGAAAACGUUUCACACAAAAAGGACAUUUAACUCAGCACAUGAGAAUUCACACAGGUGAGAAGCCUUUCUCAUGUGGGAGCUGUGGAAAAAGUUUCAACGAUAAAGGCCAAUUAAAUGUACAUAUGAGAAUUCACACAGGUGAGAAGCCUUUCUCCUGUGGGACUUGUGGAAAGAGUUUCACCCGAAAGGGCCAUUUAGAUGUUCACAUGAGAAUUCACAGAGGUGAGAAGCCUUUCUCCUGUGGGUCCUGUGGAAAGCAUUACAGUGACAGAGGGACGUUAACUCAGCACAUGAGAAUUCACACAGGUGAGAAGCCUUUCACAUGUGUGAGCUGUGGAAAAAGUUUCACACAAAAAGGACAUUUAACUCAGCACAUGAGAAUUCACACAGAUGAGACGCCUUUCACAUGUGUGAGCUGUGGAAAAAGUUUCACACAAAAAGAACAUUUAACUCAGCACAUGAGAAUUCACACAGGUGAGAAGCCUUUCUCCUGUGGGUCCUGUGGAAAGCAUUACAGUGAAAGAGGGACGUUAACUCAGCACAUGAGAAUUCACACAGGUGAGAAGCCUUUCUCUUGUGGGGCUUGUGGAAAAAGUUUCACCCGUAAAGGCAAUUUAAAUGUUCAUAUGAGAAUUCACACAGGUGAGAAGCCUUUCUCCUGUGGAACCUGUGGAAAAAGUUUUACCCAGAAAGAAACUUUAAAUGUUCAUAUGAGAAUUCACACAGGUGAGAAGCCUUUCUCUUGUGGUACUUGUGGAAAAAGUUUAUCUCGAAAAGAUAAAUUAAAUAAUCAUAUAAAAAUUCACACAGGUGAGAAGCCUUUCUCCUGUGGAACCUGUGGAAAAAGUUUUACCCAUAAAGACACUUUAAAUGUUCAUAUGAGAAUUCACACAGGUGAGAAGCCUUUCUCAUGUGGGAGCUGUGGAAAAAGUUUCAACGAUAAAGGCCAAUUAAAUGUACAUAUGAGAAUUCACACAGGUGAGAAGCCUUUCUCUUGUGGGACUUGUGGAAAGAGUUUCACCCAAAAGGGCAAUUUAGAUGUUCACAUGAGAAUUCACAGAGGUGAGAAGCCUUUCUCCUGUGGGUCCUGUGGAAAGAGUUACGGUGAAAGAGGGACAUUAACUCAGCACAUGAGAAUUCACACAGGUGAGAAGCCUUUCUCCUGUGGAACCUGUGGAAAAGGUUUCUCUAAAAAAAGUCAUUUAAAUGUCCAUGUGAAAAUUCACACUGGUGAGAAGCCUUUCUCUUGUGGGACCUGUGGAACAAGUUUCACCUAUAAGGGCAGUUUAAAUGUUCAUAUGAGAAUUCACACAGGUGAGAAGCCUUUCUCUUGUGGGACCUGUGGAAAAAGUUUCACCAAUAAGGGCAGUUUAAAUCUUCAUAUGAGAAUUCACACAGGUGAGAAACCUUUCUCUUGUGGGACCUGUGGAAAAAGUUUCACCAAUAAGGGCAGAUUAAAUGUUCAUAUGAGAAAUCACACAGAAGAGAAGUCUUUCUCCUGUGGAACCUGUGGAAAAAGUUUCUCUAAAAAAGUUCAUUUAAAUGUUCAUAUGAAAAUUCACACUGGUGAGAAGCCUUUCUCAUGUGGGAGCUGUGGAAAAAGUUUGAAAAAUAAAGGCCAAUUAAAUGUACAUAUGAGAAUUCACACAGGUGAGAAGCCUUUCUCAUGUGGUAGUUGUGGAAAACGUUUCUCUCGAAAAGAUAAAUUAAAUAAGCAUAUGAAAAUUCACACAGGUGAGAAACCCUUCUCUUGUGGGACAUGUGGAAAAUGUUUUACCCAUAAAGACUCUUUAAAUGUUCAUAUGAGAGUUCACACAGGUGAGAAGCCUUUUUCUUGUGGAACCUGUGGAAAAAGUUACAGUGACAAAAGAUCUUUAAUUCAUCACAUGAGUAUUCACACAGGUGAGAAGCCUUUCUCUUGUGGAACCUGUGGAAAAAGUUACAGUCUAAAAACGACUUUAACUCGGCACAUGAGAAUUCACACAGGAGAGAAGCCUUUCUCAUGUGGGAACUGUGGAAAUCGUUUCUCUCGAAAAUAUAAUUUAAAUUAUCAUAUGAGAAUUCACACAGGUGAGAAGCCUUUCUCUUGUGGAACCUGUGGAAAAAGUUACAGUGAUAAAAGGUCUUUAAUUCAGCACAUGAGUAUUCACACAGGUGAGAAGCCUUUCUCAUGUGGGAUCUGUGGAAAGAGUUACAGUGACAAAAACACCGUAACUCGUCACAUGAGAAGUCACACAGGCCUUUCUCUUGUGGAACCUGUGGAAAAAGUUUCAGCAUGAAAAAACAAUUAUUUAAACACAAAGAUUCAUAUGGGUGCGAAACAGUGACGGAUGGUGAGUUUCAUAGCUGGUGAGGCACUGACUUACGAUGUAUAAACUCAAACACAAUGCAUGUUGUUACAAAAAUUUCGCGCAUGCAUACAACACUGUAGAGCGAUAAGACCAUCCGUUUACAUGUCAUCCGUAGCUGUGUUAAGUAGGUGAAACUUAGAAAUGUAGGUAUUAUGUGUUGUUAUGUUGUUGUACGGUGUUAUAAGGUCUUGUUCAAUGUGCCCCUUUUUAACUUUGAGCCCCUGCCCGUCCAAAAGUCUCUGCACGGCCCUGUUCAUGUGUAUUGUAAGAUGUAUUAUUUUUACCCUCUAGCUUGGUUGUCCCCAGAGUGCUAAUGUUGUUAGCAGCCAACUUAGUGUUGAGUCCUGGACAGAAAAUGUUUAUUUGGUGGGUCUUCCAUGCUAAAAAAAAGGGCUGAUAAAUUAAAUAUAACCUACCCACCCUUACAGUCACAGUGAGCUGUGACUAUUUCCCCACUAUCUCUGAACAUGGGGUUUCUGUAGAGAUCUCGUCUGUGCCGGCUCAUUUAGAGCAUUAGCCUACUCGCUGUGAUCCAUUUUGCUCCGUUUUGAACCAGAGAAAUCCACUUCCUGACCCCCAUCAGAAUUUCUUGUAGCAUCCGAGUCACAUGUCUGAAGCCCAUAAAUUAGAACGCUUUGAUAUUUGUUUGAAAGAA